AAGCAUUCCCAUCGGGUGAGCAUUACAGGUGGAGCAAGAGGAGGGGGUGGGGAGGGAGGAGGACGAGGAGGAGAGGGGGGAGGGAAAGGAGGAGGAGAGGGUGGUGGUUGUGGAGGGGAAGGAGGAGGAAGGGGAGGGGGGGAAGGUGGUGGGUUGGGUGGGGAGGGAGGAGGAAGGGGAGGGGGGGAGGGUGGGGGAUUAGGUGGGGAGGGAGGAGGAUAGGGAGGAGGGGAGGGUGGUGGAUCGGGCGGGGAGGGAGGAGGAUGGGGAGGGGGGGGAGGGUGGGGGAUCAGGUGGGGAGGGAGGAGGAUAGGGAGGAGGAGAGGGUGGUGGUUUUGGAGGGGAGAGAGGAGGUGAUUGGGAGAGAGGGAAUUGAGAAAGCGAGACGGAAAGAGGGGGUGAAGUGGGGAGGUGAGUCAGAAAGCGGGGGUGAUGGAGGGGCGGGCGGGGAGGGAAGCGGAGGUGCCGUUGUUUCAAGAGGAGAAGGGGGAGAGAGAGGAGGAGAAGGUGGGGAGGGUGGUGCAUUGGGAAUGACAGGAGGGGAGGGUGGGGGUGAUGGUGAAGGUGGUGGAGGAGAGGAGAGGGGAGCUGGGGCAGAGUGGGGAGGUGAUGGGGGGGAGGUAGGGGGGAAGAGCGGAGGGGUAGCUGCUUCAGGAUGGGAGGGGGAUGGGAGAGGAGGAGAAGGUGGGGAGGGUGGUGAGAUAGGAGCGAGGGAGGGUGGUGAGAUAGGAGCGAGGGAGGGUGGUGAGAUAGGAGCGAGGGAGGGUGGUGAGAUAGGAGCGAGGGAGGGUGGUGAGAUAGGAGCGAGGGCGGGUGGUGCAUUGGGCGUGUUGGGAGGGGAGGGUGGGAGUGAUAGAGAUGGUGGCAGGGGAGAGGAGAGGGGAGGUGAGGGAGAGAGGGGAGGGGAGGCAGAGAGGGGAGAGGAGGCAGGGAGGGGAGAGGAGGCAGGGACUGUUGCCCCGGGAGGGGAGGGGGGAGGGGGAGGUGGAGGUGAUGGGGGGGCCUGGGAUGGAGCAGGCGAAGGGGGAUUGGGUGUGGCGGAGGGGAGGGAGGGGGGGGAUGGUGGGGGAGGUGAGAGAGGCGGAGGAGGGGAGAGAGUGAGGGAGGGUGGAGGGGAAGGAGGGGAUGGAGUGGGAGGUGUUGGAGGGGUGGGGGUUGGAGGAGGGGAGGAUGGGGAAGAGCAGGAGGAGGCGGAGGGGGAGGGCGUGCUGGUGGUGGUGCUGGCGACUUCCGUGGGGAUUUUCUUUUUGGUUGUGGCUUGCGGGUUCUUCUGCCUGCUGCUGCUGUGCGUGCGUGUGUGUGUACAGCUGCCAGGCUCCUAG